UUUCAACCACUUUUCCAGACAGUCGCUGCGGAGCCAUUUAACGAACAAGAUGCGUCAGUUUGUAGCCAAGCUGUGCCUGCUGCUGGCACUGUCCCACUUCAGUCUAACCGAGUGGGUGGAGAUAUCUCACUCGCACUCGCAGCCAAUUGAAGCCCCCAAGCAGGUCAAGCAACUGUCCGUUGAAGGAAAUGUAAGUCCCGAGGGUUUAACUACGCCCAGCGCCGUGUGGAUCGAGUAUCAGCGCGAACGAUUUGGACUGAGCAAUAGUCAGAGCAAUCCGCUGAUAGUCAGCGAUGCAGGCGGGCUGAAGCACAGCUCUCAAGUUGUGGUCCCAAACGGCAGUCAGGUGAUUCAUGCCAGGACCAAGUUGGUGGUGAAGAAUAGCUCUAGCAUGCCGCCAGUAGAAGUGGAUUUGGUGGUUACACCCAAAGUGGAAACCACAUCACGCCGUCACUCGUCGCAUGUGGAGAGUGCUGAGGAUGCAGAUGGCAUUGUGGAGACAGCCACCGAGCCGUCGGAUACCGAUGUCGACGAUGACGAGCUGCAAUUGCCCAGCAUGCAGGGUUUUAUAAAAUUUCUGAAAAAAAUGCAAGUCGGUUGGAUAAAGAAAUCAGCGCUCAACUUUGAAAGCAAAAUUAAAUUACUGAAGCAACUACGCGAUUCUUUCAUGAAAGUUAUUGAGCAACAGUUCUCGGUGCUGUGGCUGCCAACGGAGCGUCACAGACGACGACGACGCAGCCUGUUGGAUGAAUCCAAUUUGGAUUUUCCACCAGAAGCAGCACUUAUGAGCAUUAAUUUUCUGACAUUUGCAGUGUUUUUAAUAAAACUGGUGCUGCAAGUUGUGAAAAUAGUCAAAAGCAAGCAUUACAACUUUUCGGGCUUUAAUAUAAAUGCAGAGCUGGUGCGGAAUCCAUAA